UUCACUGCAGUGACAGAGCUAUCAUAGACUCCAAAGCUCUAGAAUACUACAGACACUGAACAGCACAAAGGAUCACGUCUCAUCGUCUCUCACCAUGUGCAGAGGACUGGAAUCACUGCCUACCACAUGUCUGGAGAGGGCAAAGGAACUCAAAGCUCUCUUUGGUAGUUUUCUACAGAAGCCAGAUCUGAGCAUCAUCUGUCACUCACACAAGAACGACAAACUAAGGGUAAAUAAGAGUGAACCAUUAAAAUGGAAGGAGUCGUUUGAGAACCUGCUGUCCAACCAAAAUGGACUGUGCCUGUUCCGUGCUUUCCUGGUGUCGGAGUUUAGCGAGGAGAACAUAGCUUUCUACCUGGCCUGUGAAGACUACAGGAUAACCAAGCCCUCCUCAAAGCUAUCAGCUACAGCUAAGAAGAUCUAUGAGGAGUAUGUCUGCAGUGACGCACCAAGAGAGGUCAACCUCGACCAUGAGACCAAAGCCAUCACCAAGAAGAAUCUGGAAAACCCCAGCCAGUCCUGUUUCAGCCUGGCCCAGGAGAAGAUCUACGCCCUGAUGGAGAAAGACUGCUACCCUCGCUUCCUCAAGUCCCCCGCCUACCUGGAGAUCAGUCGGCAGGUCAAAUCCGGUUAAGACCAUUUAUGGCUUGUUAAGACUGGUUAAGGCUGGUUGAAGCUUGUUAAGACUGGUUAAGGCUGGUUGAAGCUUGUUAAGACUGGUUAAGGCUGGUUGAAGCUUGUUAAGACUGGUUAAGGCUGGUUGAAGCUUGUUAAGACUGGUUAAGGCUGGUUGAGGCUUGUUAAGACUGGUUAAGGCCAACCUUCAGGUGGUGAUUGAGACACGAAGAAGAAGUCCAUGGGAGACAUGCUGAAAAGGACACACUGGAAACCAGGUGGUCUCACUAGGGUCCUCCUCAGUGGAGGAAGGGUCCUGUGCUGCUGGGUCAAACAUAUGGAGGGGGGGACUGAAGAUGUAUACUAGAUUGAACUGGAAGUCAGUCGGAAGUUGACACUGGAAAUCUUGUCUGUGGCCUAGGAAAGAAGGCCGCUCACUGUGAAGAUUGGAGUAUCGAAGUCUGUAAAAGAGGUCUGUGAAGAUUGAGGUAUCUAAGUCUGUAAAAGAGGUCUGUGAAGAUUGAGGUAUCUAAGUCUGUAAAAGAGGUCUGUGAAGAUUGAUGUAUCUAAGUCUGUAAAAGAGGUCUGUGAAGAUUGAGGUAUGGAAGUCUGUAAAAGGUGAACAUGUGUCUUGAGGUCCAAGACACAUGAAGAAGUUCCUGUUCAUGGCGUUUGAGCAGAAAGAACAAUGUGAUGGAAAAGGACUGCUUUGCACAAUCACUGAGAAUGUGUUAUAGUUUUGUAUUGUCUGAUGCCUGUCUAUUUAUUUGGGUAUUUAUUAGCAGUCAUUUUGUUCUAGAAAUGUUUGUACUGUAGAGUGCACUGGACAGCACUGUCCUGUACCGUUCCACAACAUUUGUUAUAUUUAUGUGUACAUUUUUUAUACCCAGAACUCCUUAUGUGAGAGGAAAUUAUUUGAAUAAAAUCGGAACUAUAUAAAACAA